AUGGAUUCUCCUGAGAGCCUCCAGGAGGAAUGCAGCCCUGUCAACACCUUAAUUUUCAGACUUGUGACCUCUAGAAUUCUCUCAAAAAUCUGUGGCCCUGGGUUCACUGUGUAUUUUAGCAUGAAACCCAUGGUGGUCUUGCAUGGAUACGAAGCCAUGCAGGAAGCUCUGAUUGAUCUGGGAGAGGAGUUUUCUGGAAGAUACAGUUCCCCAGUGAAUGACAAAACUGGAAAAGGACAUGGAAUCAUUUUCAGCAAUGGGAAGAAUUGGAAAGAGACCCAGUACUUCUCCCUCAUGAUCCUGCAGAAUUUUGGGGUGGGGAAGAGGAACAUUGAGAACCGUGUUCAAGAGGAAGCGUGCUGCUUUGUGGAGGAGUUGAGAAAAACCAAUGGUGGGUGA